AUGCUCGAUCGGACGAAGCCCUCUCCCGCCAUGAGAGACCCGAAGCUCAAGACAGCAAGAGCCCACAAGCCGCGCCACUGCCACCUCCUCGACAGGCUCAGGAAGCGCCACUUCUACAGGUGGCGGUGGCUCCUCUGGCUGGCCGUCUCCGCCUACCUCCUCCUCCCGGCGCUGCCCCCCUCCCUCCGCGGCCCCGGCUCCGAGCCCCUCCCCGGCGUCCGGAUCUACGCCUACGACCUCCCGCCGCGCUUCAACCGGGGCUGGGCGGCCGCCGACGCGCGGUGCGCGCGCCACCUCUUCGCCGCCGAGGUGGCCGUGCACGAGGCGCUGCUGCUGCGGCAGCGGCGCGCGGGCCUGCGCCCCGAGGAGGCCGACCUCUUCCUCGUGCCCGUCUACGUCUGCUGCAACUUCUCCACGCCCACGGGGCUCCCGUCGCUGGCGCACGCGCGCGGGCUGCUGGCCGACGCCGUCGGCCUCGUCCGCGCCCAGAUGCCCUUCUGGAACCGCUCCGCCGGGGCCGACCACGUCUUCGUCGCGGCGCACGACUUCGGCGCCUGCUUCCACCCCAUGGAGGAUGUGGCAAUGGCGGCCGGUAUCCCGGAGUUCUUGAAGAGGUCGAUCCUGCUGCAGACAUUUGGCGUGCAGGGCCGGCACCCAUGCCAGGACGUGGAGCAUGUGGUGCUCCCGCCGUACGUGCCGCCUGAGGUGGCUCCUCGGGAGCUGCCGGAACCGGAGAAGGCGCGUCGCGACAUCUUUGCCUUCUUCCGGGGCAAGAUGGAGGUCCAUCCCAAGAACAUCAGUGGCCACUUCUACAGCAGGAAGGUGAGGACUGAACUACUGCGGCUGUAUGGCCGCAACGGCAAGUUCCAUCUGAAGCGGAAACGGUACGACGGCUACCGGGCGGAGAUGGCGCGCUCCAUGUUCUGCCUCUGCCCGCUGGGGUGGGCGCCAUGGAGCCCUCGCCUCGUGGAGUCGGUCCUCCUGGGCUGCAUCCCCGUCAUCAUCGCCGACAACAUACGCCUGCCGUUCCCCGGCGUCCUCCGGUGGCCGGACAUCUCGCUGCAGGUGGCGGAGAGGGACGUGGCCGGCCUCGAGGCGGUGCUUGACCACGUCGCGGCGACCAACCUGACGACGAUACAGAGGAACUUGUGGGACCCCGUGAAGCGGAAGGCGCUGGUUUUUAACCGCCCGAUGGAGGAGGGAGACGCCACCUGGCAGGUGCUCAAGGAGCUUGAGGCGAAGCUGGAGCCGUUGCGACGGCAGGGGCGGAGGAGGAUCCAUAUCUAG